AUGGAUGCAGAUGAUGGGAAUUCUCAAAAGCAGCAUCUUCUGCAUCUCUUAUCUGGAAUUAUACCAUGGAUAGACCCCCCUGGUGCCGUUUCAAAAUCAAUUGAGAAUGGAAAAAGUGAAAGUGAAUUGCUUGACGGAUGCCGAGCGCUACUAUACAUGGCUACUGUAACCACCCUGCUAGUAUUUGAUGAACUGCUGAAGUCUAUAAGGCCGUAUGGCACUCUUAGUUUGUUGUCCGCGCUGAUGUGUGAAGUCAUUAAAGACCUUAUGGCAAACCACACUGAAGAGGAGACGUGGAGCUGGGUUGCACGUGAUAUCUUGUUGGACACUUGGACUACACUUCUAAUGCCUUUGGAUGGUUCUAUUAGCCAUGCGUUUAUUCCUUCAGAAGGGAUUAGUGCUGCAUCUCAUCUCUUUGCCCUGAUAGUAGAGUCUGAGUUAAGAGCUGCUUCUGCAUCAGCUUUCAGUGAUGAGAAUGAGGCUGAUUAUCUUCAGGCUUCUAUUGCUGCCAUGGAUGAAAGAUUAAGUUCAUAUGCACUUAUUGCUCGAGCAGCUAUUAAUGUUACCGUUCCCUUACUGACAAGACUCUUCUCUGAGAAAUUUGCCCGUCUACAUCAGGGCAGAGGCUUUAGUGAUCCAACUCAAACAUUGGAAGAGCUCUACUCACUUUUGUUAAUAACUGGGCAUGUUCUAGCUGAUGAAGUACAGGGUGAAACACCUUUGGUGCCUAAUGCUAUACAAACCCAAUUUAUGGAUGUUACGGAGACAGACGAGCAUCCAGUUGUCAUACUUUGUGGAUCAAUCAUAAAAUUUGCCGAGCAGAGUUUAAAUCCAGAGAUGAGAGCAUCGUUCUUUAGUCCAAGGCUAAUGGAGGCAGUUGUGUGGUUCCUUGCAAGAUGGUCAGCAACUUAUCUGAUGCCACCUGAUGAAAGUAAGGAGAGUGCAUCUUCAGAUAAUCACAAGGCAAAACAUCAUAAAAAAGUAUUGCUUAAUUUUUGUGGAGAGGACAAUCAGGGGAAAGCUGUGCUUGACCUUAUUAUUCGCAUUGUGAUGGUAGCACUCAUUUCAUAUCCUGGAGAGAGGGAUUUGCAGGCACUGACUUGCCAUGAGUUGCUUCAUGGACUUGUUAGGCGGAAGAAUGUUUGCGUUCACCUUCUUGAAUUGGAGUCUUGGCGUGAGCUGGCAAAUGCUUUUACAAAUGAAAGAACUCUAGUCUCGCUAAAUGCUGCUCACCAGCGUUCACUUGCUCAAACCCUUGUUCUUUCAGCUUCUGGCAUGAAAAUUCCAGAGGCCUCUAGCCAGUAUGUGAGAAAUCUGACAAACCAUAUGACAGCUUAUCUGGUGGAACUCUCGAGCCGCAGUGAUCUAAAACAUGUAGCUGAACAGCCAGACAUUAUUUUAUUUGUCAGUUGCUUGUUAGAGCGGCUUCGCGGUGCUGCUAGUGCAACAGAACCUCGAUCGCAGAGAGCUAUUUAUGAGAUGGGUUAUUCAGUACUCAAUCCACUCUUGACAUUUAUGGAAGUUUACAAACACGAGUCCACAGUUGUGUAUCUAUUACUCAGAUUUGUGGUUGAUUGGGUGGACGGGCAAAUCAUUUACCUAGAAGCUCGUGAAACGGCUACUGUUGUUGAAUUCUGUAUGCGCCUCCUUCAGCUUUACUCUUCCCACAAUAUAGGCAAGAUAUCUCUGAGCAUUUCAAGCAGCUUACGGAGUGAAGCUGAUACCGAACAAUACAAGGAUCUACGUGCUCUACUCCAAUUACUUGCUAGUCUAUGUUCGAAAGAUCUGGUUGACUUCUCGUCAGAACCUAUUGAGUUUGAGGCUCAUGGGACAAAUAUAUGUCAGGUGGUAUAUACGGGUCUUCACAUAGUUACCCCUCUGAUCAGUUUGGACCUGCUCAAGUACCCCAAGCUUUGUCUUGAUUACUUCUCGCUGCUAUCACAUAUGCUGGAGGUGUACCCUGAAAUGGUUACACAGCUAAACGGAGAAGCUUUUGUUCAUAUCAUUGCAAGUCUUGAUUUUGGUCUGUGUCAGGAUGCAGAGGUCGUUGAUUUGUGUCUAAGAGCUAUAAAAGGACUUGCUUCUUUCCACUAUAAGCAGAAAUGUGCUGGAAAAGUGGGGCUAGGUCACCAUGCUUCAGGUUACAAGGAUCAUACAGGAAACUUUCAGGAAGGGAUUCUGAGCCAAUUUCUUCGAUCAUUACUACAGUUUCUCCUCUUUCAGGAUUACAGCACUGAUCUGGUUGGCUCAGCUGCAGAUGCUCUUCUUCCAUUAAUCCUUUCUGAACAAAGUCUAUACCAGAAGUUGGGAAGUGAACUAAUAAAGAGCCAGUCUGACCCAGCUUUCAGAACAAGGUUGACAAAUGCACUGCAAUCACUCACAAGCUCUAACAAUCUCUCCUCCACACUUGAUCGGGCAAAUUACCAGAAGUUCAGAAAGAAUCUGCAUAACUUUCUUACUGAAGUUCGUGGAUUCCUUCGGAAAAUAUAAUGUGUUAGUUUUGUAAAUCUGCUUUGCGGAGAUGGCCUUCAUUUCCAGGGUCAUCCUGUUAGGCGUUCUCCUGUGUAGGUUUUCCUUUUCCCUAGUGCAUGUUAUCCCAAGUCGAAAGGAGGAUCUCAACAUUUCUGAAGGGAUUUCAAUCAUUUCUAAGAGUAUAUAUCCUCUGUAUCCAUCAUUUGACUGAAAGAGUUUUGUAGUGUACGCGUCCUUUUUUUGGUCAAUCAUUUCUAAGAGUGUAUAUCCUCUGUAUCCAUCAUUUGGCUGAGAGUUUCUAGUGUACGCGUCCUUUUCUCGGUGUACCUUACCCUACAUUGAAAGGAGGAUUUGAAUAUAUCUUUUUAAAGAAUCA